UUUGUCCGAUCAUGUGGGUCGGAUUUGCGAGUUGGGUGAAGCCUUGAAGGAAAGAGGUUGGAAAGUUUGAGGAGGCGAAUGGAUAUGGAGCUCCGGGUUUUCAUCGUCGGAUGGAGAGGGAUGAUUACUGGUUGGGUGGUUGGUUAGUUGGUUGGUCGAUUUGAUUUUGGGUCCCGGUUGCUCCUGGUAGUUUUGGAGUUGGCGGUGGCAGUGGUAGUGGGAGAUGUGUUCCGGAUUAGCAUGUUUAGUUUGGAUGUGGGAGACUCCGGGGAUGACGGGUAUGGAAAUGGUUAGAUUUAGAGUGCUUAGAAGGAUGGAUGGAUGGGGACGGAUAUAUUGGUGUGAGUGAUGUCGGGUUUUGAGGUUUGUGAUAACUUUACAUGCACACACAUCUUUUUAUACACGGUUCGAUUAUACGAUAAGCGGGAUUUGAGUCGACUGCGGGACUGUACGUACUAAAGAAGGUGGUAUUUGUACCUUUGGACGAUACAUCGAUUGUAUCCAAGGUAUUUCAGCUUGACGGAUACGAUUUCGACUUAAAGUUUGAUACAAUACAAUACGAUACGAUACGAUACGAUACGAUAGGACAAUCACGAGAGCUGAAGAUCACGAGAUAUAUAUAAGGUUAUAGGGUUACGGAAGAGGGUAUCGACGGGUACCGUCUCCACAGACUCAUCAUUCAACCAGGUAGUAAGAGUGAGUCAACCUUUGGACAAUCUGAAUUAUUUACUGACACAAGUAUCAGACAACACCGCGUUCUGAAUCAUCUAUCUUCUUCAAUCUCAAGAUAUAUCUUUGACAAGAUUCAUCAACGUCGCCAAACAAACUUGUGUAGAAAACACACAUAUUACACAUAUUUCCUUGAUCAAACGACCCCAAGAAAUUCAUCAUAUCAUAUUACCCCAUCUUUUGAAAAGCAAAAAAUUCACCAUGUCUCCCCACACUUCUUCAUCUCCAAAUGGGACCACAAGCUCGGACCCUUCAUCCUCUAAUCUGGGUCUAGAAUCCAAGUUGAGGAAUCUGAUGACUUUUUCUACAUUCACUAUGGCUACUCCUCCAUCUGGUCUUAGUCUUGGUCUCGAUUCUCCAGCGUCCGCAGCUGCGGAUUGUAUAUCUUUGCCCAAUACCGAUACUGAGAAUUCCGAAAAUUGUUCAGGUAUCUCUUCAGAUUCUGAAGACGUUGAUGUGGAUGUCGACGGAGAUAUCGACAUAGAAGACCAAGAAAGCAAUUGGAAAUUCAAAGUAACUCCCGAAAUCACCCGUCGACUUUCCAUCGUUCCAAGUCCAGAAAUCACAAGAAGAUUAAGUAUCGUACCAAUAUCUAUGCCUUCACAUCUCCUCCAAGUAUCUCAAUCACUCUCACAAGCCAUGGAAAUGGAAGAGAAAGAAGAAGCCAUAAGAGAGGAAACCAAAGAAGAAUCCACAAAAGAAAAGGAAGAAGAGAAAAUCACACUUCCCACCCUGCCAAACGAACUCAAACUAGAAAUUUUCUCCCACCUAGACCCUAUCGACGCAACAUGUCUAGCCCUCACAUCCCGACACACGUAUCUCAUCUACCGCGCCAUUCACGGCACGGCUCUCCCCCUCAACACUCGCCGCACGGGACCCAAUAACCUUGAAUACGCAUUCACGAAAUCGACGGAGAAAAUGUGUAGGUAUUGUGGAAAAGGCAGAUGUGAACUGUGGAUGCACAUACGAGAAUUUAUGGAAAAAGGACCACUAGAGAGAGAAUAUUGUGGGAUGAAGGGAAAUUUUGGGGGAAAGGGGAGAGAGGGGAGAGAUGGCGUAGAUGGUUGUUGGAGGGGUAAACCGAGUAAACCGAGGAGGUGUGGGAGACAUCCUGAACGGACGACGACGGUGAGGGUGGAGGAUGGAGGGGAGAAUUUGGAGAGGAUUAUUAGAGAGGCUAGGGCUGCGGUUGGGGUUUAGUGGGGAGAAUUGGUGGUGAUGGGAGAUGUUGGGUUGUAGAUGGUUGGGUGGAGUGAGUGAGUGAGUGAUAGGUAAGAUAGAUAGAUGACGAAAGUGUAUAUUAGCAUUGAGCAUUUAGGGUUAGCAUCAGCAUUUAGCGUUUAGGGGAUACACAUAUAAAAAUAUAAAGUUCAUAACAAAUCCUAGAUUU